AUGCAAAUUAAUUCAGAAAAAUUCAAUGGUGUAUUGAGUGCCGAACAAAGCCUGUUAAACCAACCUGAACAAAUUAAUACUUAUAACUGCAUCAUAGACACUAUAAAAUCGAUAGAAACUGCAAAUUCAAACCUAGGAAUUUGUUUACCAGGUGAACCAUUUAUUCCCGAAACUGUCAGCGUUGAAAGCCCCCUUGAUAAUUCAUGUUUAAUUCAUGUCCAACCAGCAAGUUGUAAUAUAACCAACAAUAAACUCGACAACAAAUGUGAAAUUAACAAAGUGAAGUUAACGGAGCAUAAUAUGAAUAAGGACAAAAUCAGUAAAGCUAAGGUCUCGCGAAGUUACUCUCGCCGCAAUCUUAAUUCUCCCCCUUACUGUGAGCCAUUGUCGCUGAAAUCGCUUGGAAGCUUGCCUCUUAUCGAAAUAUCCAAGCCAUUUAUAACUCAGAAGAAGGAAACCUCUUUAGAAAACCCAUCAAAUAUAUUGAAUGAUAAUACAACUAGCACUGAGACAGUUACUCAGCAUGUGUGCAUUGGCCAAAUACCAGCUGAUAUCUCUGAAUUUAUUGUCUUAGACGGCGACGAAUGCAUGUCUGAGUGUGACAAUACUAAUAACUGUCCUUUUCGGCAGAGCUUUCUGGAGCGCCCCCCGCCCUUGCCUCAUGUUCGAAGAGCGGAAUGGUUGGCGCAUUUAAAUCUUGUUCGCCGGCUGACGGCAAAGUAA